AUGCAGCAGUACAAAUCUCUGCAGAACCUCCAACAUGGGGGUGGAGAGCGACCAGAGAGCAAGAGCUUCCCUGUUUGUAACGAAGAACCCAGGCUGCCCGUUUCACAUUCAUUUGUUGACAGCACAACAGAACAUCAGACGAUGAUGUGCGAUGAAUCAUCGUGUGACGGGAUGAUAGAAACAGUGGAACAACUUGUUAGUAGAUCACAAUCAACAAAUGAUGUCGCGAGAGAGUGUUUAGAUUCCAAAUUGAAAACAUCGGCCAGCAGCAACAACUUCAACUGCAACGCUAAAAAUAUUUCUUCAGACGUUGAACAAUCUUGUUUCGACAGCAACAACGUUAGUGUUGGCAACGUGAAAGGACUCGCAAAUGAUUACUCCCAUCAACAAACAAACACAACUCAUGCUGUAAGUGAAUGGUCACAAAAUAUCGAAACGACGAUUUCCAUGCCUCACUUGCAUUUCGAAACAGUUAACGGCUUGAACAAGAAUAAAGAAAGCGCCGAUGCAAAUAACAUGGAUAGACACACAAUCAACGAAAAUGAAACUGCUGAAAACAAUAUGAACCGUGUUGUGUUUGUUGGCAACAACAACAUACGUGAAAACUCUGACGAUUCCAAUAACUUAGUUAACGAAAAGGACGACGUAACAAGGGUGUCCGAAAUAAUUAACACCAUCGCGCAAGAAAAUUUUCAUCAAUUUGAAAACAAAAUUCCUUCUACCACCAACUCUGACAGCAACUCCGAUAAGUACAAAAACUACAACAAUUACUAUGAAAGUAGCGAUGGCGGCGACCAAACUGAUAUCAAAUCUGAAGUUGAAUCUCCCUGCAACAAAACCAGCACUUCAAACAACGACGUCUACGACGAAAGCGAAAAUGAAUAUCGUAGAAAGAUACAAAUAAAAAAAUUAACGCGUCAAAUGUUGCGCAAUCCGUUGUAUAAUUAUAAUGAAAAUAUUCUUGAAACUCCACCUCCUUCAUCUUCCUCGUCAUCUUCACCUUCUGAUAUGUUACAGAAGAAACCGUUAGCUAGAGAGGAAAAUUUCGAAUGGACAAACCCUCAACUGCUGAGAAGCUGGAUUAAUGAUGCUACAGGUACGGAGACAUCACCUGCAUCCACACCAACCAGCAUCAAAUUACACUCAACUAUUAACAAUGUAUUAAUCUCUAAGGAAACAUAUCCGCAACUCCCAGCGUUCACUUCUCAAACAGCUACAACAGAGUUUCCAUCGCCAAAAUCUGCCACACGUGCGCCAACAUUGGCAAUGAAACUUUCCACACUACCGAAAACGACGAAUGAUGAUGACAAGACAGGCGCUGACACGACGACAACAGUUGAUAAUAUCAAGGCUUCGUAUAUUAAUAUAAAAACAACUUAUGAUGAAAUAACAAAAACAUGUGAUGACAUCGAAAUAAAAAACGAUGCCACAAUUUCAUUAUGUAACAUCAAAAUGACAAAUGACAAUGCGACAGACACAAAGCACGACCCAAAAGUUAAAACAAAUGACAUGAAUCAGGCGAAAAAAUAUAUAAGUUAUUUUUAUAGUCUGAGUGAAGGAUUGGACGACGAUAUGCACGAUGACUUGAUGUCAUCAACAUUUUCCAUGCAAGAACUAUUAUCCAACUAUUUUGUCAAUCAAAAUGAAGUCAGAAGUUGCAAUAAUAACACUUUUCAAAACUCCGUCACGAGUGGCAGCACCAAAACCCAUGUAAAUAUAAACAGAAAUGAAACUGUAGACUCUGGUGAUAACAUUACUUCUACCUUGAGUCGUAAGAACAAAAAUGAAAACAACAACACAACAGAAAAUUUUAUUUGCAGUGAAGCUGAAUGUGAUGAAAGGCAGGAGGGACCUAUCUACGUGACCAGAGACAAUUUCAGAAACUGCUACGAAGAAACAAAAUGUGAUGUUAAAUGUACAAAUGAUAUUGUAGAAGUUUCUGAAACAAAAAUGCCUUUUGACAAAAAUAACUUUUCAAUUAUUUUGAAACCUGAAAUACAACAGGACGAAAAUGAUGCUUUUCCUUUUGGGCUUCCGGACAUCUUAGAAAGUACAAAAGAAGCAACUGAUACUGAUUAUCAACUAAUGCAAUCACCAUCUAAAAAUCAGAUUGAUGACAGUAAAAAGAACGAUUUCAACUAUGUUGUUAAAAAAGACGGUGACGCAAUUUGUGAAAGUAACGACCGAAACAUCUCAAACAUUGUAGAAGAAGAUCAGAGUAACAAAACUCCACUAGAGCUUUCGAACUCAGCAACAUCAUCACAAGUUGAAUCAGGGUCACUGAUAUCAUCAAAAAUCGUUACAACUUCGCAUCUCUCUAGCAGUACGUUGCCACAAGCACAGUCAUCAAAUGCUACAACAGCUUCCGUCGUUCAUAACAGAUUUUUUCCACAAACAAUCCAUGCCGAAACUUCGCUUUCUGCAUCCAGCCCAUUACUUACUACACCAUGUCCGGAUCUGACGUUCAUUAGGAGGAAACUUUUCAACAAAAAUGUUUCACCCAAUUCAGUGCGACAUCAAUCCUCCAAAAAUAUGUCUACAAGUAUUUUUAAUAGGUACCUAUUCAUUAAAAACGGUGUUGACAGUUUGCAAACUACUGAUGAUGAUAACAUUAUUCGAGAGGAGAAUAAGAAUUGUCAUAAAAAUGUAUCAAGAUCAUCAUCUGAAUGCCCUCAAAAAGAGUAUACCAAAACCGAAAUGUUCCCGUCAAACAGCAGCACUGACGACGCGGCCAACCAGUUUUUGACAGCCAGCUGCGAUAAUUUAUUCGGAGAUAAUUCCAAAAGGAAUGACCGUUAUAGCAGAAACGUUAGAAACAGUUUAUUUAAUUCUUAUCAGACCAGAUCACUAACAGAUAACAGCAGAGAUUACAGCAGGGGCCACGACGCCUACUCGCUUUCAAACGAAGGGUUCGACCCAGAAUGGUCUAUAAAAGAAAAAACAGACUUUAACCAGAACUGCUCUGAAAAUAGAUUUAAUUCACUUGAUAACCGUGUUUACAGCCGUUUAAAUAAAGAUUCCAUGUUUAAACGUAAUAGGCCACCUUUAUAUUUUUUCGCAAACGACGCCAACAGGAAGGUAUGGAAUCAUUUGACGAGUAAAAAUUCUAACGAGUCCGAUAGUUCAGACGCGUCUUUUAAAAUUAACUCGUUGCCUCGAAUACCGUCACAAAGCGAUCGAACCUGGCGAUUCAUGCUUGAAAGAACCGCUUCGUACGACAUCGAUACCAACAAAACAAAACCGCCCAAAAAAGCUUCCUCGGUCUGCACGCUCCAGCCGAUUCCAAGAACAGCGAUGGCUAAGUUCAACGACGACGGAACGCCGAGAUCGAUUUUAAAGAAAAAAUAUAAAAUUUUAAAUUGAUUUUUACAAUUUUUUUUUAUAGUUUUGCUUGAUUUUUGGCUUUAGAUUUCGUCGAACUGUUCAUAGUAAAGAUAAUCUGUAACAAUGUCAUCAUGUUUUAGAAAUAAAAUAAUCAACAAAAAACAACAAAA